CUCUCCUCCUUCCCCCAUCCAACGAAAGUCAUCCUCUUCCUCUCUCUCUCCUUCGCUCUCUAGAAUCCUUCCUUCCUUCCUUCCUUUUGAUCGCUGCAAAUGGCGAACGUCGACGAGAAGAACUGCGCCGCUCACGAGGAAUCGAGCCCUCUCCUGGACAAGAAGGUCGCCGCCGACGAUGCGGAGAAGCCCCGCCAGGCGGCCGCCGCCGACGACAAGAAGGUCGCCCCCGCCGACGACGGCGCGAAGAAGCCCGGCCAGGUGACGGCGGCGCACGGCCCGCUCCUGGUCCCGAUCGUCGUCGGCGGCGGCGGCGGCGGGGGCGGGGGGUUCGGGUGGACCGCCGACGGCUUGCCGCUGGCUCACGGCAGCGUGAUGGGGGAGCCGAUGGAGCGGGCGCAGUGGAACUCGAGCCUCUUCGCUUGCCUCGGUCGCAACGACGAGUUCUGCAGCAGCGAUCUCGAAGUUUGUCUUCUUGGAUGCGUUGCUCCUUGUGUGCUUUAUGGAAGCAAUGCUGAGAGACUUGGAAACCCUACUGGGACUUUUGCGACUCACUGCUUGUCUUAUGCUGGCCUUUAUCUGAUUGGAAAAGCCUUCUGUAGUGUCAACUGCAUUGCACCCAUGUUUUCAUUUCCUAGCCGCACGGCUAUUCGUCGCAAGUUUAAUCUAGAGGGUAGCUGUGAGGCACUUCACAGGUCCUGUGGAUGCUGUGGAAGUUGUGUGGAGGACGAGGUGCAGCGAGAGCGGUGUGAAUCAGGGUGCGACGUGCUAACUCAUGUCUUAUGCCACCCCUGCGCUCUCUGCCAGGAAGGGCGUGAGCUCCGCCGUAGGCUACCUCAUCCCGGAUUCAAUGCACAUCCAGUCUUGGUGAUGAUUCCCCCAGGCGAGCAGACUAUGGGUCGUGGGGCUUGAGCAUCGUUCUACAUCUAUAUGAAAACCAGCCUGUCUAUGUGCAAACCGUACGUGUGAUUUCUCCAGUUGACUUAACAGACCUUUUAUUGUAUUAAAGAAAUGGUGAUGAAAUGUAGUGCUUGGUCUUAACCAGCUAUAAAUAAAUGCUCCGUAUAUGUUGUCUUGUUUU